AUGGCUAUGCGGCUCCAAAAGGAGAAUAACGAGACCGGCGAGAGCUCGUCAACCGACCGCUCUAUCGUCGAGGCGGAGGACGGUGCUCCACUAUCCAUCGCACCGUCAAUGGAUCCAGUCAAGACGGCAAUGAUCCGCCAGUUCGACCGUGGCGAUGUCACCCCCUUCUUCUUCGCUAUACCUCAUGGUAAUGUCGAGGCUGUGUCGGAACUGGCCAACUGCGUAGAGCGUAUGCUGCAACGUGAACGUACGGACGUGUUCGAGCCCCCACCGGGUAAAACAGCUUUGCUUAUCCUGGAUGACCUGCACCUCGCCACACCGACCGAAGAAUGCAGUUUAAAACAGGUUUACCCGUCGGCGUAUGCGUAUCUCCGGUCCGUACAAGAGCAUCGAAGAGUGUAUCGAGGCUCGAAUUGCGCCCCGAUAUCUUUCUUCCCGGUGUUAGCACCGUCUUGUGAGCUGGAAGAACUGCACAAUAUCUUCGACCAGACCUUGCAGAGUCACUGGAGUGCGUCGAAAACCUCUGGAACUUUAUCUCCUGCGAUACGAUAUGCGAUUCCAAUGAUCGUCGCAGCGACGACUGUACUGUGGGAUCGACUACGACGUGCGUACAAAUUUUGUUUACAGGAUCUAGCUCGUGUGUACGAAGGUCUCGCUGUGGCGACACCUUCUGUACUCUCCGACGUGGAGACGUUGCUACGAUUGUGGACGCACGAGAUCUGUCGAGCUCUACGAGAACCGUCCAUGGGUCUCUGUGCGUCCAAUCAAGACGCGGAAGCUGCUGCAGAAAUUGUACGCAUGCGCUCCAUCGUGUCCCAAGUGACGCAACGACGCGCUAGCGUGCGUGCAAUGAGUCCAGAAAAUGACGAAAACGCGAGUCCUGCGACUAUCUUGGCGCUAUUUUCUGCUCGAAUGUCUGCUCCAAGCGGCAAAAGACUUUCUCGCCCUAGCUUACAGUUCAAUUCUCUCCAGGAACAGCAACAUCGAGCUGUUAUGAUGGGCGGACUAUGGGCAUUCUGGAUGUACGCCGAGUUGAGCUUUGAGGACGACGCCCAAGCUGUGUCCACUGCAACAGUGCAGGCCUAUCUGCGAGAUCUGCGGACGUUCAGCUCGACGCUGCGUCCGAACAAGACAGCGGCGUUGGCUAGAGAUGUCCCUGGCGUUCCUUUUAAAUUGGUAAGUAAUUUAUUUUACUUUUGUGAAAAUCAUUCUAACAAUGUAAGCUUGUAG